AGUUAGCAAAACGUACAGAGGAACGUUUUUCUUGCGAAUAAAAUCGUUUUAUCAUUAGAAAAUAAAUUUUAACUAGGAAUAUGGCAUCAGGAUCGAGUAUAGAUGAUGAACUUAGGAGAUUCGAAGAAGAGAUAGCUGCUACAGAGUCCCAGACACCACAAUUCAAUACUUAUUCUCCAUUUACACCUCAUCAACUUCGUAACAAGGGACAGCCAGCCACAAUAUCUGCUCCUCCUGUGAAAAAUCCUGCCGCUCUUGUCAGACCUACUACACAUAUAAAGGAGAAGAGAAAGGAAAACAAGUCUGUUCCGGGACCUUCAGUUAAUGUUCCUCAAGUAUCAAAGGAGCCUGAUAUGGAACCCGUAAGUCAACCUGCUUUAUCAGCGCUACAAAUGGAACUAGAGGUUAAAGCUGUCAUGGAACAAGUUCGAGCUAGGCAGAAUCAAAUGCUUCAGAAGCAGCAAGAGUCGUCUUCGGCUGGAAAGAUCAAAACGGUAAAAAAGUACGUCAGAUCAGCAGGAGGGCAAGUCUGGGAGGACCAUUCUUUAAAUGACUGGGAUCCUGAUGAUUUUAGGAUGUUCUGUGGAGAUUUAGGAAACGAAGUUACGGAAGAGACGCUUUCUAGAAUUUUUUCAGCCUACCCUAGCUUUAAAAAAGCCAGAGUUGUCAGAGAUAAAAGAACAAAUAAAACGAAAGGAUUCGGAUUUGCUAGCUUUUCGGAUCCAAAUGAUUUUGCAAAAGCAAUGAGAGAAGUUAAUGGACGUUAUGUUGGAAAUCGCCCGAUAAAAUUAAGAAAAAGCAGUUGGAAAGACAGACAAUUAGACGUUGUCAAGAAGAAGGACAAAGAAAAGAAAAGAUUAGGAUUUCGUUAA